GAACAUCAUCUUGAAAAGUCUUACUUCAUUUCUGUGAAUGGGUUGAGGAAUGAAUGAAUAGAAGACCAAAAACCAUUUGACCCCUUUCCCCAUUUCCCCAUUUCUUCAUUUUCCCACACUGACACGAUUCCCAUCUUUUUCGUUUAGAUUAUCAUUAGACUUCCAAACGAAGCCAUUUUCUGGGUUUUGAGGCACGGUGAACUUGGGCAUCUCUAGGGGAAAUUCUGCCUGUGGAGGGAGAUUUGAUGCCAAGAGUUGCAUAAUUAUGGAGGUGAUGGAAGAUGAAGCCAAUAGAAAUCUUAUGUUGCUGCCUUCCCCUUCUCCAGUUGUAGCCGUUGCUAUCAGUGGGAAGAAAAACAGUAAAUAUAUAAUUAGGUGGUCAUUGGAAAAGUUUCUACCUGACGGCAUCAUUCAUUUCAAAUUGCUGCACAUCAUCCCAAGGAUUACUAGUGUCCCUACUCCAAAUUGCAUAUUCAAGCUAUAUGCCAAUGUUGAUGCAGUGGGAAAUUCAAUUCCGGUUUCACAAGUUCGUGGUGAUGUCGCCGUGGCUUAUAGGAAAGAAAUCGGGUGGCAGACAAGUGAAAAACUUCUUCCAUUUAAGAAGAUGUUUGCUCAGCGAAAGGUUCAUCUUGAUGUUGUAACUCUUGAAGCAGAUGAUGUGGCAAAUGCAAUAAUAGAAGAGGUUACAAAGUGUUCAAUCAACAAGCUUGUUAUAGGAGUUUCAUCACAGGGAUUAUUCUCAAGGAAACUAAACAGUCUGUCCUCAAGAAUAUCAGCCCUUGCACCUAGAUAUUGUACAAUCUAUGCUAUUUCAAAAGGAAAACUAGCCUCAAUACGGCCACCUGAUAUGGAAACAAACGUGAGCAUUAAAGAUGAUGCGAGUGAAGGAAGUUCUGCAAAUAGCUACUCAAGCUAUACAUCUAGCUCCCUUACAGAUGGCAGUUCAAGCUUAAUUACCUCCUACUCUCAUUUCCCUUCUCCUUCCCCUUCCCUACCAUUACAACGAUUUCAAGCUCUUUCAACCCUUAAUCAACCUCUUCUUACGACAAAACCAAGCCCCAUUGAAGCCAACCAUUCUAGAUGUCAAUCCAAUGAUAUUGGGGAUCAGGUGGAUCGCGUUCGUUCUUCUUCCUAUGUUUCAGAUUGUGCACAAACAUUGAGUCGAGACUCUAGUUGUAAAAGCUUGUCAACAGAUAACCUGUCUUGGGUUUCUGAUGAAGCUUCAUCUUCAGGCGCGUUCAAUGAUUAUUACUCAAGUGAAAGUCAGGCGGAUGUCAGCUUUGAGCUUGAAAAGUUGAGAAUCGAACUAAGACAUGCAAGAGGAAUGUAUGCAAUUGCUCAACGUGAGACGAUUGAUGCCUCUCGAAAGCUAAACCAUCUAAAUAAACAACGAUCAGAGGAAGCUAGGAAGCUUGAAGAGAUCAACAAUAAAGAGGUGGCCGCCAAAGAAUUUGCAAGGGAAGAGAGAGUGAAACAUGAAGCUUUGAGAAGAGAAGCAAAGUAUGUAAAAGAACGCGCUGAAAGAGAGGGCAUCUAUAGGAAGGAAGCAGAGACAAAAGCUCUUCAGGAUGCCAAAGAGAAGGGAAAGCAUGAGAAUGCUCUUCAAGGACCUCUGCAGCAAUACCAACUUUUUCAAUGGGAAGAUAUUGUUUCUGCCACAUCAUCUUUUUCUGAGGAUCUUAAGAUUGGAAUGGGAGCACAUGGAUCAGUUUAUAAGUGCAGUUUGCAUCAUACAACUGUAGCAGUGAAGGUUCUUCACUCCAGAGAUGGUCACAAAAGGAUGCAACUUCUUCAGGAGCUCGAAAUCUUGAGCAGAAUCCAUCAUCCCCAUCUACUGCUUCUCCUAGGUGCAUGUCCAGAUAAGAAUUGUCUGGUUUAUGAGUACAUGGAAAAUGGUAGCUUGGAGGAUAGGUUGUACCGCAGAGGCAAAACACCUGCAAUCCCAUGGUAUGAGAGGUUUCGAAUUGCUUGGGAAUUAGCCUCUGCUCUUGUCUUUCUUCACAGCUCAAAACCCAAACCAAUAAUCCACCGUGAUCUUAAACCAGCAAACAUCUUACUUGACCAUAACCUCGUGAGCAAAAUCGGCGAUGUCGGUCUUUCUACAGUGUUUAAUUCAGACCCUUCAAUGUCUACUGCAUUCAUGAAUAGUGGACCAGUUGGGACUCUCUGUUACAUAGAUCCCGAGUAUCAACGAAGUGGAUUAGUCUCACCUAAGUCUGAUGUGUAUGCUUUUGGAAUGGUGAUCUUGCAGUUACUAACUGCAAAACCAGCAGUAGCACUUACCCAUGUAGUGGAAACAGCCAUUGAUAACUGCACUUUAAUUAAGGUUCUGGAUAUAGAGGCCGGGCAUUGGCCUGUUGAAGAGACGUAUGAAUUGGCAAGAUUAGGACUUCGCUGUGCCGAGAUGCAACGUAAAGAUAGGCCUGACUUGAAGGAUCAAGUACUUCCCUUGCUGAUGACACUGAAAAAGGUUGCUGAUGAGGCUCGCAAUUUGCCCUCCAAAGUUCCAGCUGCAAUUCCUAAUCAUUUCAUCUGUCCAAUUCUUCAGGACGUAAUGAAUGACCCUUGUGUUGCGGCGGACGGAUACACAUAUGAUCGUCGGGCAAUAGAGAAGUGGCUUCAGGAGAACGAUAAUUCACCAAUGACGAAGUUGCCGCUGCCAGAUAAGAAUUUGAUACCAAAUUACAGUCUGCUCUCCGCAAUUGUUGAGUGGAACUCCAGAAGAAGUUAAUACCAACAUCCAUUUUUAAGGUUUGAACUGAAGUUAACAUGUGAAACUGUCUCUCACUCAGAAGCCACUCUAUUUAGUUUCAGUUUCUAUCCCUGAUGAAUAUAGAAAGUCUUCUUCCACCUCUUAUCUCUUUAGAAUUGUUAUUGGAGCAAUUAGUCAAUCUUCCUUUCAUCUAAUAUUCUUUUCUUAGUUCCCUUCUUCUAUACAGUUAAUUGUUUUGCCAUAUUUGGCACUUAUCAUUGUAUACAUCAGUGUUGCCACACACUUGUAAAGAAACAAGAAGAAUUUCAGUAUUUAGAUAUACAAUAUGGUCAGUGCUUCCAAAUA